UAACAAUAAUAUUGUUAUUUACAUUUUUACAAAAACUUUUAAACUACAAAAGUGAAAGUUCUAAUAUAAAACCAAGUGAGUUUCUAAUUUUUCCUUAAAUUUGUUACCCUAAACAAUAAUCUAUAUUAUAGUUAUACUACUAUUAUUACAACGCGUUCGUUUUGUUUUGACAGAAUGUCUUUAGUAGCAUACGAAGAUAGCGAUUGUGAAACUGACGAAGACAAUUCUAUUACUGAUGAUGUUGAAAAUCCGCCUACCAAAGAUGACGUCAAAACAAAAUUCAAUAAACCAUUUUUAAUGCUACCCGAACCUAAAUCUAGCACAAACACAAAAAUGCCUGACGAUUGUUAUUCAGUCGAAAAUGAAAACUCUUUGGUUACGUUAAAAAAGGCAUUGGGCGAUAGUAUUCAAGAAAAACUGCAAGAACCCCCAUUAUUUCCCACAUUGCCAAAACCCAAAACCGGUGGAAAAAUCAAGAUAAUAAUACCUUCUUUAAAUGAAGUAAAUAUUAAAAAAAAAUAUGUUACAUAUUUAUCUAUCUGAUUUUUUUCUUGUACAGUUUUAUGACGAUGAUGAUGAUUAUCAACCAAAGCGAAAGAUGAUCAAACCAUCAAAUGUGAGUUUAAUUUAGUAGUAAAUAUGUUUAAACAAUAUUUAGAAAUAACAACUUGGACCUACCUAUAGUAGUUCCAAAACAAAAAAAAACCAGUACAGCAUCACAUUGCUCCUUGUACAGGAAACUGCUCAUUGUAGUCCAUUGUAAUAGAGUGGAAGUUGUGAAGGUAGGAUAUAUAGAGUAAUAUAUCUGUAUUUAACAAAAAACCAUUCAGACCAAAAUUAGACCAUAUUUUAAAACUCCUGAUUUUUAUUAUUUGCAUUAAAAUUUCAAUUUUAAUUUUUAUAAAAUAAAACUGUUACAUUACGCUCAUUUUUUUUUAUCACUAACUACAAUUUAUUGUGAACUUUGAGUUUCAUUUUCUAUCAUUUUUGUUUGGCCAUAUAAUAGGACUACUAGUGCUGAACUAAAGAUACUAUGAAUUACUUUUUUUACAAAAUGUCAAUUUUUAUUCCUUUUUUCACCAUAUGUAUGUAUUAAACUAUUAACCUGCGAUAGCUGUCACCAUGAGAAAAAAUUUAACAUAUAACUUAUUUUAAGAAUAACUAUUAUUGAUUGAACGAUAAUUAAUCACCAAUACUUUAUCUAUAUGAUUAUGAAACCUAUAAUACCAUUAUUAUUGAUAAGAUUAAAAUAUAAAAACUUAUUUUGGAAUUCAUAUCUUGAUGAAAUUAUAUAAAGUAAUAUAUUGUUAAAAAAUAAAAAAAUCUAAUCAAUUGCGUACAAUAAAAUAUGCGAGUCAUCCUGGGUUAAAGAAAGUUUAAAAAAAUAAUAUUAUUAAUAUAAUAAAGGUAUUAUUGUUAUAUUCAACUCCAUUAAAUUUUGUAAUAUCAUUAUCAAUUUAGCAAGAUUUUUGGUAAAAAAGAUGAAAACCAAUAGAUUUCUUGUUUAUUUCAGAAUCUAUAAUAACUUUUUAUUUUCAUCAUCAAUACAACUUAUAAUGAAUUACAUAUAUAGUUUUCAAGAAUUCCUGAUUAGUCCAAACAAUUUUAUUCAUGUAAAAUCAAAUUAAAAUUAAAAACGUCAAAAUGUUUUGAAAAUUUUUCCACUUCUAGAAAAGGUUAACAACAGUAUUCAGUGAAAAUUACAGAUUUCUAUAAUUAGGUACCUAUUUUUAACCAAAUUAUAACAAAAAAAUAAAAUUGAAAAACUGCUUGGUUAAUCAAAAAAUGACCUCCCCAUAAUGCACCAACAAUAUCCAAAAUAGUGCUGUAGCCAGGAGGGGCAAUGGAGGCACGCCCUCUACUCUCAAAACAAUUAUUUUUUUUCGGACUGAUGCUGUACAGUUUACAUAUAUUUGUUAUAUUAAUACAAUUUAUUAUUAGUAAUAAUUACUAUUAUAAGUGUUAUAAAAUAUUAUAUUAUUUUAUAUUAUUAUUAGCUGAUCUGCCCGAAGUUGUCCGGGUCAAACAAAUGUGUAGUUAAAAUGUUUUUUCCUUGGAUUCCUUGGUUUCAAUUCUUGUCACUAUCACUGCAGUUAACAAUUAUGAAAUAUUUAAAUUUUUAAAAAUGUAUUUUCCUUUCAAACUUAUAUAACUUAUAAUAACCACUGUGGUAACGUAGUGUAGUACUGUAAUGUCAGUGAAAUAAAAAAUACAAAAAAAUAAAAUAAAAUUAUAAAAUUUACACAUUUAAUGUGUUCAGACUUGUACCUAUUGGGAUAGAAUAUAUAGUGUAAAUACAAUACAAUUGUUAACUAUCCACAUUUCUUUGGGGAAUAGUAAUUUGUGGAAUAGGUAUAGACAUGCUGUUAUUUGUGUUAUAGAUAAAAAAUACACACUGGUCUAUAAAUUAUGAUUACCCAUGAAAUGAAGUUCUUGAUUUCAUAACUUAAAAUAAGAGUUUUGAAUUAAAUACAAGUAUAACAAUAACAUAUUUCUUAAUAAAAUAUGUUAUUAAUUAAUAUGUAUGCCAAUUUAUAUAGAACUUAUUAGGUACAUACAAUAUAUUGUAGCCAUUGUCAUAUUAAAUAUUAAUUAAAGUAAUGGUAAGUUUAUUAUUUCCUUGAUUUGGUACCUCUACUUUUCAUAUGUUUAGUCAAACCUGUUUUAGUCACUUUUUGAAUGACUUAUAGAAAAUACUUAUUAAUUUAUGUGUACAAUAACAGUAUUCACGUCUUAUUAUCAUAGUGUACUUUUUACAGUCGUUAUUCAUAUAGGUGCCUACACAAUUUACUAUUUUUGUUUUAUUUUUACUUAUCCAGUAUGCUGUAUGCAUCCUCUUAAGUUUUUUGUGCCGUAGUGUAACUCUGAGUUAUCCAAACAUAAUAAAAUAUAUAAGCAAAAAGAGAUAAAACUGCUUUUGAAAUUUCAUCCUUUCGAGGUCUGAUAUUUCCUAUGCUAAUUAUUAUAUUAAUAUUCUGUAAUAUUUAUUUACUGAGAAGCUUUAAUAUUAUUUGAUUCAUGUUCAUACAAUAUGUAUAACAAAAACUGCAGUGUUCAUUAUUUUUAUUUUUUUUUUUGAAGAUCAGUGUACAUGUCUAUUAUACUGGCUAGUAUUUAAAAAAUAAAUAGGUAUUAAAUAUAAACACAGUCAAAAUAGGUUUAUGAUAUUAAAACUUAUUAUUUUAAACUAGAGAUCAUUAAUAUGGAAAUUAAGUUCUAAAAAUUAAAAAAAUACAUUUAUCUAUGCAUAUUGUAUAUAUUAUAGGCAAAGUAAGAAGUUGGGCAUUGUGUAUAGUGCCUAGGUCAGAUCCAAUUUUCGAGUGUAAAGUUCAAAUAAGUUUACAUUGUCCAGGCAUUGUAUAUAAUGCCCAAAUAGAUUUGGAUAUUAAAAUUAAUAAUAAUAAAAAUUAGAUAUUUGUUCAUAAAUUAAAUAUGUAUUUUGUGAGUCAUAUCAAACAAAAAAAAUAGGUACAGGUAAUUAUUACGUAUACAUUUUAUUUGAUAUAAAUGUACACACUUGAUUCCAGAUAUUGUGCACAAUGCCCGGAUUUUCUAGUUUGUCCGUAACAUAUAUACUCAAUGAAAAAUUCAUAUUAGGGUAAAUACUUCAUAAUAAAUAAAUAAAUAUUUCAUUACUUUUUAGAACAUGGUUGAUUAUCAGAUCAUACUCUUCUUGAAGUAGAAGUUCAAGAAUUUAUAAAUAUGAGAAAUCGAGGACAUUUAUUCAGUCCAUCAGAAUGUCUAAUAUUAAAAUAUAAUAAUUAAUGUGAUAAAUAAUAAAAGUAUUAAUAGACAUAUUUUGAAACAUGGUUGCAUAUUUUAGUGUAUUAGGGCUACUAAUUUAAUUCAUGUUCCUUAUUUCAAAUUAUAUUAUUCUAUAUAUAUAUAUAUGUCUGAUGAUCAAUUAUUUUACAAAAAAAACAUUAUAAAAAGUUUUAAAAAAAAUAUCAAAUUUAAUAUAAAUAUACAUUAUGACUCACUUGUAAAUUGUAUAUUUAUAUAUUAUUUGUAAUAAUUUGACUUCUAUGGUAUGUUUAAAUAGCAAUUAUAAUGUAAAUAAUAUAAACAUUUAUCAGUUUAUUUAUUUAUACGAUUAUAUGCUAUUUUGUGUAUCAAUGUAUUUUGGAAUGUUAUCAGGAUACUUAUAUUUGGGAUGAAAUAGGACUACCUGAAUUCAGGUCUCAAUUUGGCAAACUCAAUACUAUUAACCAAACUCCAUUCAGAAUUGAUUUUAUUAGCAAUGAUUAGUCGUUGCAUACAGAUAUACAUUAAAUUUCCCCUCUACCUUCCCAACUUCUCACCUACAACAGUGGCUUAUCCACGUGUGAAGUAUGUCAUUUUUUUUUUUACAGUGUAUUUUGAUAUUGUUUGUAAUGUUUCAGAAUGGAUGUGGUUUAUUUUCCAUAUUGCCAGAUGUUAAAAAUAAAAAAUCCGGCAAAGUUUCUACCACUUUAUCAAUGAUUCCUAGAGCAACAAUGUGCAAAAUAUCACAUGUUAAAGAUUUACCCAGAACGACAGAAAUUAAAUGUUUUGAACCUAAAUCUGUUGAAGUACUAGAAGAAGUAGAUGAUGAUGAUAAAGAUGAUAUCGAUUUCUUAGGAUUGAAUAAAAUAGAUGAAAUGCCUGAUGUAGCACCUAUUGAUGGGUUCGAUGUGCCUCUAAUAAAAACUGAAACUAUUAAAAUAAUUGAAGAUGACAAAGUUUAUGGACCUGUAUUUUGUCCUGAAUCUACUAAAUCUGACCUAUAUGAAGACAAUGAAACUACACUUAUUCUCGACUCAAAUGCUGUUAGUGUUUAUAAUAUUAUAUAUUGUAGUUAUAUUAUAGAUGUGUCUUCUUUAUUUUUUAAUUAUUACAGUUGAAACAACUUGGUGAUCGUGAAAAGACUCAUAUUAAACAAGUUGAUGUAAUCAAUGUUAAUAUGAGUCAAGUGUUGGAAGAGUCACAACAAUGGAUGUCCAAAAAUAUUUCUGAGGAGUAUGCAGAAGGUAAAAAAGCCAAGGAUGAAAUCCAUGCUGGUGGACAAUCAAAACGUAAACACCAAAUUACAUAUUUGGCACAACAGGUAAUUAUUAUGAAAAUAUAAGUCUUCCAGAUUUAUUUAUUAAAUACAAUUUAUACAUUUGUUUAGGCUAAAGCUAAUGAGUUGAAACUCAAAAACAUGUGGGCUGAGAACAGACUGACGAGGAAACAGACACAGGCUAAAUAUGGAUUUUAAUUAUCAAAAUAGUUUUAGGUUUAU